AAUUUCAAGUCUGGACUCAUUCAAAAAUAUCUUUACAAAUUCAUCUCUCAUUUUAUCGACCUACGAGAGUUUGCUUAGGCUAAUAAAAACUGCAUCCGAAUGGCUUACAAGAGUAACGCCAGUUCUGGUUUAGAUUCGGAUGAUCUUAGUCUGGAAACUACUGUCCCAACUGACUUAUCCCUAUCGCCUGACAUCUCUCACCCCUCCAAAAGCAAAGUUGGAAGAUCACAGCUAGAGAAAAAACAGUUGCAGCAUGAUCUGCAAGUUACAAAGAUCGAACUGUCUCAAAAAUGUAUGCUCAUUGACUCGAUAAAAUCAGAAUACACUCAAAGAAUCGAUGAUCUCCAAGAACAACUAGCAGAUGUUACUCAUGCCAAACAAGUUUUGGCACUAAGGUUAGAUGCAGAAAUUACCAAAUCGCAAGAAGAAGCCAGGAAAAGACAAGUAGCUAUUCAAAAUCAAGUAGAAAAACUAGUUAAUAGACAAAAAAUUUUGGAAACUCAAAAUGAAAAAUUACAUUCGGCAACAGAAGAUAUAAAAAAGACACUUUUCGACCUUGCCAUUUCUGAACAACAAUAUCUAGACCUAAGACAACAGAAUGAUACAGAUAUACCUUUAAAGGAAUUUGUUGCUAUGAGAUUAUUUGAAGAGUUAAAACCAUGGAAAUUAGAAAAUGAAGAAUUAAGACACAAACAUAAAGUAACUUCAGAUAAAAAUACCCGUUUAAAAGCAGAAGUAACCAAAUUAACAGAGGAUAUUGUUACUAUGAAAGAAAAACUCGAAGAACAUAGUAUUAAGAAUGAAAGAUUGGUCCUAUCUCUAGCAGAAAUAAAACAGCAUACAACCAUUGAUACUUAUAAGGUAGAGAACUAUGAUAGAGUUCACAGGGAAAGGGAUGACUUCGAGAAGGAGUUAAUAGAUAUUCAAAAACGAUUCUCAUACAUAAAUACUGCAAAUGACGUCCUAACAAGAGAAAGAGACGAAUUAACCUCACACUUAUCAGCAUCUGAAAAAUCCAAUACUUUGUUGAAGCAAGAUAAGGAUUAUAUGCAAAGACAGCUUCUUGACUCACAAACAAAAUUAAUGUAUUUGGAAGAACGGCAAAUUCAAUUAAAUAAUCAGCUAGAAUUAGCAAAACAAUCACGAGAAGAACUAUAUGAUAAAUACGUUACUUCGAGAGAUGAAUAUAAAGAACAAUAUGAAAGAAAGAUGUCAGAACAACUGGAUAAAAUGCGAUUUAAAACUGACAAUGAAAUUGAAAGAUUAAAAACAUCUGCUAAAGAAGUUUAUGAACGAGAGAACAGGAGUCUUCGAGAAGCAAGGGACUUGGCAAUAUCGGAAAGGGAUAGAGCUACUGCUAGUGAAAAUGAAUUACAGCAUAAAUACGAUCAAUUACUUAUGGACUUCAGGCAGAAACAAUCAAGCACCGAUCAGAAAAUUGGAGAGUUGACGAACGAAGUUCGCUUAAAAGCUUUUGAAGUUGAAAGAACAGCGAUUGUUCUUGAAGAAAGCAAUCGAAAUGUACAAGAAUGUCAGAAAGAGUGCGAUAAAUUGAAUAAAAAAUUAGAAGUAAUGACAAAGGAAUACUACUCAGCAACUGGCGAAAAAGAUAAGAAGAUAACCGAAUUACAAACGAGGUUACAAGAAGUAAUGUGUAAAUUAGAAACAUAUGAAAAAUUGGAAAAUGAACUAGAUGACGUCGUAAUGCAAGCAGCAGAAUCUUCGGAGAGUGAUAGAAAUGGCGAAGAUAUCUUACUCUCAUAUGGAUAUGGAGCCAAUUUACCAAGCAUGUCGAAAAGACGACUACAACAUAGCGUUCAAUUGGCUAGAAGAGUUCUUCAAUUAGAAAAAGAAUGCACUCUUCUUAAAAAACAAAAGGAAAUUGAAGCCGAGAAGAAGGAAAAAACCUUUGAACAAUUGAGACAAGCAAAUGAAGUUAUCGAUAAUAGUCAUCAGCCUUAUCAUUAUCUCGUUGAAGCUUUAAAACACAGAGAUGGAAUAAUUAAUGAUCAGAAGAAAUGUUUGGAGAGUUUUGAGGAUGAUUUACAAAAAGUAAAAAAAGAACGAAAUAACUUACUCCAAUUGAAAAAGCAGUCUGAGAGAGAUAUUGAAUCUCUUUUAUUACAAAACGAGGAGUUACGUGAAAUGCAAAAUUUGAUAAAUAAUCUCAAAACAAAGAAAACUGGUGGAAUAUCAGCGAAACCGUCAUCUUAUUCUAGAAAAACUAGAGUAGUUGCCUCUUCUUCUCCCAAUGAUGAUGAUUGUAAUGUACAUAAUCCAUCUCCAACGUCUUUUACUAAUCCAAAAAAAUUCCAAUAUCCUGAAAAAGAUUCCAGAGUUAUGGCUUUAGAGAAAUUAAUACACUUUGAAGAAGUUGUAGAGAAGAAAUAUGGUAAAAUUGACGAUAUAACUUCAAAGGAUAUUUAUAGAGAGCCGCUUUUACAUUUUUCUUAUCAACGAACAAGAAUAAAUCAUAAGAACUACAUGUUAGCAUUUAAGAAGAGUAUUUUAUCAAACAAACAUCUUUUUAAAGAUAGAAUUGUAGCUGAUAUAAGCGGAGGAACAGGAUUAUUUACAAUAUGGGCAUUAGAAGCAGGAGCAAAAUACGUAUUUACCUUUGAACCUACCGAAUUCUAUUCAAUAACCAGGCAAAUUCUUAAAGAUAAUGGAUACAAUGAUCACGUUACAGUAGUUCCUCGUGACAUGAAGCAAACGCCUCUUCCUAAAAUAUUUGAUAUUUUAAUUUGCGAUUGGCAGUCAGAGUUCAUUAAACCAUCAAAUAUGAUCAAUAAUCUAUUAUUCUUCAGGGAUAACUAUUUGAAGCAGGAUGGUAUUAUUUUACCUAGGAAAAUUGAAACUUAUGUUGCUCCUAUGGUUAACAAUAAAAUAUUGUUACAAAACUAUCACUGCUUCAAUAACAUGUAUGGUUUGGAUAUGAGUGAACUGAAUCAUUUAGCGAGAGCGGAAGGAAGAGCUCUGUCAAGUCCGAUUGGACCUAAUAAUAUAAAGAGUAUUCCUAAACUAUUCAAGGAAUACGAUGCAAAAACCUUGAAUUUAUCAGUAUUUACAAAAACUACAGACUUUGAAUUCUUUCUUGAUUCUUCUAGCCGAAUAGAUGGACUUUUAUUCUAUAAUAAAAUACUUUUCGAAGAUCUUCAUAAAGCCGUCUCAUUCGAAUCUGAUCCAACAGUUGAAUACGAAAAUCCAUCGUCAGUCAUUCCACAGUAUGUUAUUGUUUUGAAAAAUUCAGUUGUCGUUAAAGGAAAAAUAACAUUUUCAUCUAAUAUAGACAUGAUAAACGACAACAGAUGGAAAUUUAUAUUACAAUCAAAAACAAUUGAUAAUAAUUCAAAGAUGGAAUAUUUUAUAUGAAUGAUUAAGGCAGUAUUGUAGUAAUGAGUGCAAGUUUUCAAAUAAAAGCCAAUCCUGUUCCUGAUAAACAUAAAAUACAAUUGGCGACAGCUAAACCAAAGCUGGCGUGUAAAUGGAAUUUCUCAUUCGUAAAGCUGUCUAGCCAUAUUCUAUUACCAUUAUUAUAAUUUGCAGCCCAUGUAACGACCGAUACGCAAAUACAAAUUCCUAAAAUUUAAACCUACAUUUAUACCUUUAUAUUCCAAUUGGUUUAAGUUACCUGUUACUAUAAGAAUGAUGCUAACAAUAAUUUUACCAUUUGCCUUACCCAAACCUGAUAGGAAAGUUAAGAAAAGUAGAAGAAUGAAAAAUGCCCCUGCCAGACCAAUUAGACCGAUUAUCAUAAAAGCUCGAACGGUAUUUAACCAGUCUGAAAAAUAUAAAGAAGAUAAAACUUGAAGAUUAAGUAAACGACAACAAAAAAAAAAGAUUUUAGACCAAUUCCAGUAUGAAGGGUUUGACACUGGCCGGGUGGAUCGACACAUAUUUUCCAUAUUCCAAUAUUUAUUUUACAUUCUAUCGGACUGCAAGAGAACAUUGACCAAUAUGGUAACGCGAUGGAUAUAAUUUGAGAGAUGAAUAGCAUUGGUAUUAAGCCUAAAAGAAAGUAGAAGCCCUUCGAUGACAUUGUUCAGAAGGUUGAAAUGAAAUGAGAACUAAAGCGAUUUGUACCUUGGUCAUGUUUACAGAGCUUAUCGAUAUCAUAAAACAAUAAAUAAGGUUUGUCAUAUUUUAUUAUAUCUAAUGAAAUAAUCUACUCUUGAAUCAAAUCCAUAAUAUCUCUAUCAGCCAGAUCAGUUUGUUCUAUACCGCCAUUGUCUAUAUUUAUCAUAUUAUCGUUAAAGAUGGCUUGAUUUAGCGAAUCGGUAAUAGCAGGACCAAUAAUUCCUUUACUGUCGUGUUUCUUUAAAUGUAAUUUUAGUUUAUCACUUCUCCCGGUUGUAUAACUGCAAUGAUCGCAUUUAAAAGGUUUAUCACCAGAAUGUAUUCGUUCAUGGCGAAUAAGAUGAGAUCUUUCCAUGAAAGCUUUUCCGCAAGUGGAACAUACAUGCUCCUUAAUUCCAGAAUGUUUUUUUAGAUGCGUUUUUAGAAUACACCUUUUAUAGGUUUUAUAGUUACAAUCUUCAUAGUUGCAAUAAAACAUUGCACUUUCAUCGUGUGUUCGCCUAUGCGAUGCUAAAUGAGAUUGAUACUUGGUACUAAACGGGCAUUGAUCGCACAAAAAAGGCUUUCCUUUCGAAUGUUUAGCGGCAUGUUGCUUCAAAGUAUUUUUGGCUCUAAACAUUUUCCCACAAAUAUCACACGAAAAUGACUUUUCACCAGAAUGCAUUCUGAUAUGAACAUUGAGGUUGCCCUUUUGAGAAAACUUUUUAUUACAUUCAGGGCAUUCGUAGGGAUAAUCACCAGAAUGUUUCUUUUGAUGGUUGACUAAUUGAUAAAUCUGAUGAGCUUUAAAAGAACAAUUUACGUAGUCGCAUUUGUAUGGUGGACCUUUAUAAUGUUCUUUCAUAUGGUUAUAGAAAUCUCUAUUAUAGCAAGUCUGGAACUUGCAAAGUGAACAUUUAUAUUCGUUAUCUGACUGAAUGUGAAUUGCUUUGAAGUGUUCUGAUAUCCUUUUAGGGCAGUGGGCACUAUAAGGGCAACGUAAACAUUUGUAAUUUCUUCCAGAUUUCGAAAUCAUUUUGAUGGUACUUGCUCCGCUCUUCCUACUCUUUUUCCUUCUUGUUCUCUGUUCAAUUUUAACAAUGGGAAUACUUUCUUUUAAUAAUAAUUCAUUUGAAUCUUCUUUAAGAAUCUUAUCUAUUUCUUCAGAAUCUUCAAUAAUUGGUAGAUCUCUUUCUUCGAUACUAACUUUUUCAAAUUCGCUUCUAAUCUGAUUUAAUAAUUCCAUAUACUUCUCGGAAAGAGAUCUUUGACAUGCAACUGCUGAUAAUAAAGCUAACACGUCAUCGGUUCCUUCCAAAUAUAUAUUAUUCGAGAAUAUGGAUUCUAAGCGUUUUUCAUUCACUUCCUUCCAAUUGAGACAUUUAAAAAGAGAUUCUAGAUGUGAUUUUCGAUCAUUUUCCUUAUGACGAACCCAAGCACAUAUUAUAUCGACUAGAGAUCGAUUGGCCGACGAUCUGACAGAGAGAAGUGUCUGAAACUGCCUAAGAGGAAUUGUUAAAAUAUAUGAACUAUUUAUCAGGCAACUAUAAUUGUCAAUAAUGUAAUGUUUCGAUAUUUCUGACAAUUCUGUUAGAUUCAUUCUAUCCGCCAAAUUUUUUAUGAAAAUACAAUUCUCAUUCGUCAUAUUCUUCUGCAUAAACUUUGCACACCAAUUAAGAACUUCAUCACAAACGUAUUUGGCACAUAGUUCACUUAGAGCGAAAACAUUAUCAUUGUUGAUUUCGAUCGUUCCGGUGUAUAAAAAGUUCAGAAAUGACUGAAAUAUUUCUACGCUUGAUGAUUUGACUUCUUGUUUUGAUACAACACAAUCUGCAUUAAAUAAAGAGCGAAAAUAAGGAUUGGAUGCGGAAAGUACAUUCUUAUGAGCGUAGAUAUCUGUUGAAUUCACUGUAAAUACUACAUCGCAAAAUGUUCCAUCGGCUCUAUAAUCAUUCAAAUUUCUACCCAAGUUUGAUUGGAUGUCUUUUGAGGAUCUUGAAACAGUGAUUUUUUCAUUAAAUCCAUUUAAAGGGAAGUAUAUAUCCAUCUUGUAUAGUGACCUUCAC